AUGGACGGAGCCAUCAAUUUCCAUGAAACGUUAUCUGGGCAAGACAUCGAGCUGUUCCUGCUCUUUUCAUCGGUAGCUGCAUUGCUGGGCUCGCCAGGGCAGGGAAACUACGCCGCUGCCAAUUCUUUCCUGGAUUCUUUCGCACUGCAUCGGCAUGCAAGAGGUUUGCCUGCACUGAGUGUGCAGUGGGGGCCGUGGGCUGAUGUUGGCAUGGCCGCUCGAAGUGGAGUUGGCGGACCAGGUUUUUGGGCACCCAAGAUCAGUCCUAAUGAUGCCCUUCAGGCACUCUCAGCCACGAUUGCGCUGCCCGGCAGAGGGCCUCCAGCUCUCAGCAUCACACGCAUCAAUUGGUCUGUGCUACUCCGGCGCAUGUCUCGCAUACCACCUGCCUGGGUGGAGUGGAAGGCGCAAUGGGAACGUCCAGUUGAUGCUGCAUCUGAAGAUCGGACAAGCGCAGAUCAGCCGCGUACGCGUUUUGGAGGACGCCAGCUGCAGACGGGCGCUCGCCGACCUUUGGCGACAGGCGAUGGUAUUCCUUUUGGGCUCGGCUUGUCAUUGGGCAGCAUUGGAGCUGGUGUGCGUCUGCCUCUCACAGAGAAGCCGCGAUUUACAGCUCCCGUUGCUCAAGCAGGAGCUGGAGGUGAACACUUGACAGACUCCUCUUCUGAUGAAAAUGCCGGGGCUCGCGGGCUUUGA